AUGAAGCUAUUCGCUUCUAUCGCCUUGUUGGUGUCCGCCGUAGCAGCCAAUCCUAUCGCGCGAGCUGCUGGCAACGUCACUGGCGCUUUUCACUUGAAGACUGUUGGAGCGUCCGAGGCCAAGCACAACGAUCUCUACGUUUAUGCGUAUCACACUGCCGCUGGCUUCAAUGAUGCGGUGCUGACUUCAGACACCAAGACGGCUAACCCGGCCUUCUUGAACAACACGCAUGCUCAGUUCGCCCUCGACACGCCUUUCCCUUGGGGCUUUACCAUGCACCCACACAACAACUAUGCCGCAUGGGAGCCCGUUGAGAUUAAUACUGGAUACGGGGAUGAGGGGUUCACUAUCGAUGGGAACGGUUUGCAAUGGUCGAAUUCACUCUUCGGAGGCUGGCUGGUUUGCGACUGGUACCAUAAUGAGCCCCAGCUUUUCUACCUAUAUAAACCGUACGAAGCAAAAUUUCCCUCGUCUUGCAGUAGGGUGAACCUGCAGAUCGAAGAGAUUUCCUAA